AUGGAACUCCGAAGUAUUUCGAGACCAACUGGUGGCAUGGUCACUAACCGAUUAUUAGAAAGUGAUGAUGUAAUGGAAGUUGAACUCCAGCAGGAUGCUCGGUUGGCUGUUCAAAGCGUUUGGGUAAGACCAGGCUUAAUUGCAGAGUAUAUACAACUGCUUUUCAAUUUCAUUAUUGGGAUGAUAACAUUAUCCCUUGUUAUUAAAUUCAUUCUGUUGAUCAGAAACGACGUUAACCUGAAACUAGAACAUGAUGUGAGGGAAGCGUUAGACAAAAUUGCAACUUGUAAAUCCAACUACUAUAGAAACCAGUGCGAACCUCAUAUGCGAGUUCCGGCAUUGGAAGUACGCUGUGAUGAAUGGUCUAAAUGCAUGAAUGAUAAAAUACUGCCUGGUUCCGACUAUCAGUGGGCUAAGGCAUGGGCUCGUACUUUGGCAGAAGUAAUAAAUGCUUUUUUUGAGGCGUUUAGUAUACGAUCAUUUCUUUUCAUUCUGGUUAGCAUCAUAGGCAUAAUAUUUGUAACUAAUACAAGUUUUGGAUCAUACAGGGUUUAUCUCGAUAAAGAUACAAAAACGAUUCGCAAUGCAUAG